AUGGGUGUGAGCGACGUCAUUCUGUCUACGACUGUGCCAAUCAUUCCUCAGAAACAGUGUCGGAGGGAAUGGUCAGCUUUGACGGGAGGUGCCAUCCAAAUAUCAGUCAACCAGCUCUGUGCUGGCUCGAAAUUGCACGGAACCGCACCGGGUGACAGUGGAGGUCCUUUACUUGUUAGAGAUCCCCUUGGUAGACUGGUUCAAGUGGGAAUCACCUCCUUUGGAGCAGGAGGUAUUCAAGGUCUGCUCGAUCAAAGCACCUAUCCAGGUUAG